AUUUUUUCCUUCAAGGACCUUACGCAUCAUUUCCUGUCAGCGGUCGAACUGGAAUGUCUGGGUUGAUCAUAGUGUCUUUCUAAUAUCAGAAGAAGAAAAGAAUGACGGAGUGGUAGCAGAAACAUGUGGCCUUGAACUUGUCAACACGUAUCACAUGAAAACCAUAACUGAAGGAAAACGAUACAAUGCAAAAUUGACCCCGUUGUCUGAUCUCCAUCGACAGCCUCGUCGUACUCCUUCACCUUCCACUCCAGUCCACAGUCCAGACUCCACCGUAGUAAAGUCACCGUCUCGUUUCCCUCGUGGGGAAAAGCGGACUGAGCUUGACUCUCGUGGAAAAGAAAAAAUACAGGAAGAUUAUGAACCGAAAGGUCUUACGAAGAAACAAGCCUCUUGUCAAAGCUUCAAGGAGCCACCCAAGGUUCAAACUCACAACCAAACUGCUGACUGUGGAAGUUCACCUUUCAAGAAGCCAAACUUAAAACCUAAAGAACAAGCGCACCGCAGAGAAAAUCACCUUCAGGUCCAAAAUGCUCCACACAAACAUGGUCAUCCAGAGGAUGCAGAGACGAAGCACAGAGAAGAGAACAUGUGGAGCAUUGACCCUGCCCUCGCCCUCUCCAUGUAUGACAGCGAGCCAGCAGCAGAUGAGCUCAAAGGAGAGCAACAUGAAGAAUUAUAUGACAGCGACUGCACUUGGAUUAGUCACAGCCUACUUCAAGGCGGAGGCCAGAAAGAUGACAAUGUGUCAGGAAUUGGUGACAAGGCUAAUGACAGUCUGGAAAGAAUGUUUGACGCCACCGCCCGCGAGGAGUACAUAUCUUUCAACAGCUCGCAUCUUGCCUGUCAACCUUGUGAGGAAGAGGAGGACGAGGAGGAAGAGGAGCCUCCAGAAAACUUUCCACGGGGGCACAAAGUGCAGCAGCCAACUUAUGCCCACGUGGCGGUGGUCCGCAAGAAGGACGAGAGAAGAAAACUGAAAGGCACCACCUGCAAAGAAUGUGAAGUUUAUUACGCUCAUCUGCCCGAGGAGGAAAAAGUGAAGAAAUUGUCGGAAUGCUCUCGGCACCGCCAUCGCUUCGUUCCACCGAGCACCCCAGAGAACUUCUGGGAAGUCGGAUUCCCGUCCACGCAGACGUGCAUAGAAAGAGGUUAUAUAAAGGAGGAGAAGAUCCCGCAGACUCGUUUAAGGAGAAAACAGCCUUUCACUGCUCUGUUCUCCCCAAAGCCUGCUGAAGAGCUCGACACAAUAUAAUGUGUCCAAAUUGCACCAAAGAUCUAAAUAAAGAAUGUUAUUUUAAACUUUUA